CUUCUCUCUCCUCCUCUCUCUCUCUCCUCCUCUCUCUAACACCAAGAAGGUUUUGUCAGUUUCUUGAUAGCUUACUUCAGAAACAUCCAAAUAUCUGCUCUUGUUCUGUCUUCAUUGCCGAAAACACAGAUCUUUGACUAUGGACAACAUCUCUACUCCACCAUAUCCUGGACCACCUCUAGAGUCCACCAGUUCUGUAAAGCAGAGACCCUGUGUCCCAAAACCAGCUCCUCGUACACGCUACACCACCGUAGAGCAGUCUCCUGGACCUCAGCACCACAGAUGUUUGCCUGUGGAGAACAUCCCUGCUCCACCGUAUCCUGGUCCGCCUCUAAACUCUCAGCCAUCCAACCCUGUACAGCAGAGACCCUGCUCUUUUCAGCCACCUCCUCGCACAUGCUACACCACAGUAGAGUGUGGUGCUUAUAAUCACCAGUCUCCUGGACGUCAACACCAUAGUUCUUUGCCCAUGGAAAACAUUCCUGUUCCACCAUAUCCUGGCCCACCUCUGGACUUUCUGUCCACCAGUUCUCUACAGCCGAGAGCUUCCACCCCUCAGACAGCAGACCCUGUCUUUUUGGAGGGUGGUCCCUAUAGUCCACUGCACUCUCCUGCUCCUCAGUGCCAAAGAUUCCCCUGUACUCAUCUGCACUCUCCUCAUCCUCAACACCCCUGCCCAUACCCGGAGUCAUUGGGAACAUCUGGAAUAAAAAGCCCUGUACUGAAGGAAGCCGUCUUCGACAAGCCAGCUUCCCACACAUGCCAUGACAAAGCUGAGGGUGUUCCCUGUAAGAACCUGCAUAGCAACCCGACCUUCUAUCCUACACCAAAUAAUCACAGCAUAUCGCAGGGGCAAAAGGCCGGCGCUCACUCAUGUGACCUGCUGCUUGAGUCUCCUUGGAGCUCUGAGAAGAGUACCGUCGAAAUCUCUACUGAACAGAACGUAAAAGUCAGCGAUCCUCCUCCACCAUAUCCCGGCUUUGCCCUCAACCUGCAGUCAUCUGACACUCUACAGCAAUUCAGUCCAGACACAUCUGCAUCCAUGUUUCCUAAUAAUUAUAAAGUGGUCCAGACCGGCAGGAGUCAGAUGGUCACCCAUCACCAGAGGCAAGUUGUGGUCCAACCUGCUUCUCAGCCUUCUGUGGUGGUCCAGUCUCCAGCUCCAGCUUAUCAAGUCAUCCAGUCUCCAGCUCCAGCUUAUCAAGUCAUCCAGUCUCCAGCUCCAGCUUAUCAAGUCAUCCAGUCUCCAGCUCCAGCUGUUCAAGUCAUCCAGGCUCCAGCUCCAGCUGUUCAAGUCAUCCAGGCUCCAGCUCCAGCUGUUCAAGUCGUCCAGGCUCCAGCUCCAGCUGUUCGAGUCAUCCAGUCUGCAGCUAAUGCCUUGUUUUAUCGUCGUUAUUACUGAGGUCAUGUUCUGUGCCACUGAACCGAUCCAGGACGACGUGUACGACCCUCAACGCAUUGCGAUGAAAACUCCAGCAGGAUUAUUUUUACGGCGAAAUUCUUUCAAGAAAAAAUAGCCUGUAUUUAUUAAUAAGAUUUCUUUAAUACAUUUUUUGUCUUUUUGUAUCCAUGGUGAUUAUAUACUUGUACAUUUACAGUAGCACACUAAAUCAUGAUGUGUAUUACGGUGAAACCUACAGAGUCCACAGUGAGCAGGUUGCUGUCGGGUCAGAGUCGGAUAUGCAAAUGAUAAUAGGGCACAUGUGGGCGGGGCUAAUGCUCAUUUCAACCUCUUCAACCGGUGUAUUACAACAACAUUAGAUUCAAAUCGCAUUAAGACUGAGUUUUUGAUAACUUCAGGAACGUCUUCUCAAGGCUUUGGGAUAUUUUAAUGGUAUAAACAGCAGAGUGAGGACACGAGAAGGAUAAACACAAAGCUGUUACUGAUUAAAGGCUGUUAUUGGCUGCAGAAACUCCACAAUGUGAAUGUUAUUCAGGGAUUGAAGGUGUUAUGAAGGUGUCACGAGGCUAUAAACAUCUUACAAGCCCUGACAUAAGCAGUAAGCCUUUAUGAAGUGGAACAUGUUAUAAAGCAUUCAUAAUGCAUUGUAUAAACAUGAUUCACGAACAGGCAUUUUACACUUCAUAGCUAUAUUUAUUAUUCUAAAUAAUUAAAGAUUAUAACACUUUAUAGCACACAUACCAAAAACAAGCUUAGUGUUGUACACUGCAUUAUGAUUAUGAAUUAUAGCAUCUUUUUCUUAGUGAAAUAAUCAGAGCAUAAUGUUAGAAAACAAAUUUCAGUAAUACACAUUUAUGAAACUUUUUCUUUGAAUUUAGUGAUAAAAUGUAUUUAUUUUAAAAUGAGAAAUAAAACAUUAAUUUGACUUCGAGCAAAACAAUUUUCCUGCUUUUUUUUAAAUAUAUUCCCCUUUUAUAAUAGUUACAUAAUAUAGCUUAUGAGUUACUUUAUUCUACUAUUCUGUUAGUUAUAGUUAUUGAUAUUGUUGUUUAUAAUGUGUUAUAAUGCGUUCUGUUAACACUUCAUUUAAUGCGUUAAAUAUGGCUAUAAACUCAAAUUCCUUUUCAUAAUUAAUUAUAACCUUAAGUGCCUUAUGUCAGCAUUAUGAACAUGUUAUGCAGGUUGUUAUUACAGGCCAUUACACAUACAAUGUACACCGCCAGUCGAACGUUUGGACACGUGAGAUUGAAUAUAUGUAUAAAUGUGUAUAUUUCGGUGUAUAUUUGUUGUCUUAACUCUCAUGGUGUAUUAAGCUCACAGUGACUCAUUGUUUGGUGUCACAGAGACUUUGGUGGUUUGUGUAUAACCUUCUAUUAAUAAUUAAAAAAACAUUGUACUGA